CUGCAAGAAAACGGAGCAGGAGCUGGCUGCAAGACUUGGGCUGCCCACGCGAUCGGUCCUCUGCGACAGACUCUCCGUACCGAUUGCCGCACCGCACCAUGGACUCCCUGAUGCAGGUGGUCAAUUUCGGGGCCGGGCCAGCCAAGCUGCCGCGCUCGGUAUUGUUGGAGAUACAAAAAGAAUUAUUAGACUACAAAGGAGUUGGGAUUAGUGUUCUUGAAAUGAGCCACAGGUCAUCAGAUUUUUCUAAAAUUAUUAACAACACAGAGAAUCUUGUGCGGGAAUUGCUAUCCAUUCCAGACAACUACAAGGUGAUUUUUGUGCAAGGAGGUGGGUGUGGCCAGUUCAGUGCUGUCCCCUUAAACCUGAUUGGCCUGAAAGCAGGAAGGUGUGCUGACUAUGUGGUGACAGGAUCCUGGUCAGCUAAGGCUGCAGAAGAAGCCAAGAAAUUUGGGACUGUGAAUAUUGUCCACCCUAAACUUGGGAGUUACACAAAAAUUCCAGAUCCGAGCACCUGGAACCUCAGCCCAGACGCUUCCUACGUAUAUUACUGUGCCAAUGAGACCGUGCAUGGAGUGGAGUUUGACUUUAUCCCGGAUGUCAAAGGAGCAGUGCUGGUCUCUGACAUGUCCUCAAACUUCCUGUCCAAGCCAGUGGAUGUGUCCAAGUUUGGUGUGAUUUUUGCUGGUGCCCAGAAGAACGUUGGCUCUGCAGGGGUCACGGUGGUGAUUGUCCGAGAUGACCUGCUGGGGUUUGCCCUCAGAGAGUGUCCCUCAAUCCUGGAUUACAAAGUGCAGGCUGGGAAUAACUCCCUAUACAACACACCUCCCUGCUUCAGCGUCUAUGUCAUGGGCUUGGUCCUGGAGUGGAUUAAGAACAACGGCGGUGCUGCAGCCAUGGAGAAGCUUAGCUGCAUCAAAUCACAAAUGAUUUAUGAUAUUAUCGAUAAUUCUCAAGGAUUCUAUGUAUGUCCAGUGGAGCCAGAUAGAAGCAAAAUGAAUAUUCCAUUUCGCAUUGGCAACACCAAAGGAGAUGAUGCUCUAGAGAAAAGGUUUCUUGAUAAAGCUCUUGAGCUGAAAAUGAUCUCCCUGAAAGGGCACAGGUCCGUGGGAGGCAUCCGGGCAUCUCUCUAUAAUGCUGUGACCAUUGAAGAUGUCCAGAAGCUGGCAGCCUUCAUGAAGAAUUUUUUGGAGAUGCACCAGCUAUGAGCACAUCCUAACCAAUACACACUGUUCCCUUGAACAAUGUACAAAAUUGAAAGUCACUUGGGAAUGGGUACACAAAUUUAGAAAACAUGGUAUUUUUCUUGAAUGGGCACACUUAUGAUAGAUUCUUCUUUUUUCAGAGAACAACAAGCUGUUGGGACUUAACGUUAAUGCUGACUUGAACUGGAAGGCUUUAAAAAAACUUCCUCUUGCUUUUCUAACGAAUUCUAGCUUAUGUUGUCUUUGCUGCUAACUUUUUCUACCUAGAUCUCAUUCAGAGCUGCCUGUGGGUUUAAUUAUGCAAAUUGCAGGUAAUUAUUUUUAGAGACAAACAGACACAUGGCAUGGAGGGUGGAUGGGGCCCUCCAGGUGCUGAAUUUUGAUCCUUUGCAAAAUGACAGCAGUGGGGUCUCCUGGGUUCUGAAACUAUUAAUUCAGGUCAGCACCGACCGUAUGGUGAGUGUUUAGGAGUUCUAGACUAAAGGGCAAACUGGAGAUUUCUUUAUACUGUUAUUCUCAUGAAAAGGUAAAAAUGACAUACUACAUUUUAUAUAGUGAGGCCUGUUUUUAAUACAAAAUCAUUUAUAUCUAUGCAUUUAUAUUUCUAAUAAUACUGUUCUUGUUGGUAUAUGUUGAGACUGAGAAUUUGUUAGAAUCCUUGACCUUGUGCCUUAUGGUGUUACAUUCUCAACGGUUAUGUCCUUCCCUGCCCCCUCCCCCUCUAGGCUGCUUCGUAAGGUUGAGAAGCUGCUUGAUUCACUUUUACUUACCUGUCAGUGGGUAGAAGAAAUGUUGGUUGGUUGAUUGGUUCUUUGUUGAUCAGGUAUGCUGUUAAACUAAAAAUCUCUGUUAAACUCCCUUCUUGUUUGUUCACAUGCUUCUUCUGUUUGACCUGUGAAGCUGUGAGUUCUGGAAGGUCUUUGCUGAAGACUCUUUUUCCCUAUUGUAUAUCCCUUGUGUUUUAUGUUGAACAUGUAAAGGACAUUAAAGUCCUAAAACAUCUAAA